AUGCUAAUGGCGAGAGAUGAUGCAAAGAAGAUCAUAUCUUCAGAGGACAUAGUCAGGUCAUUAGCUCUGCAGGUUAAUCCAGCCCGCGGGCUGACCCGCAAAGCCCGCCAAAACAUGCGGGGCGGGCUUGGGCCUAUAAAAUUUAUUCGCAACCCAUGGCGGGCCAACCCGCACGGACGUAUCAAAAAGAAGAAGCCCGAUGGGCUGGCCCAGGCGGACGCGGGCUGA